GAACCUUUGAUGUCUCUCACAUACACUCCCUUUGGUACUUCCAGCUGACAUGCCUUCAAGUAAUCCCAAGGCAACACCAGAGCUUCGGUAUCCGCCGGUACAAGCAGAUCGUUCACUUACUAGCCUUGAUCUCGAUACACUAAUGAUGAAGUCGACUACGCGUCGACUGCCGGAGCAGCCCGGCAGCUCUCUUGACGACACUACCUAUGAGAUCCUUACUGACAGCCUGAUCGAGACUUCCGACGACGAAGCUCACACUGAGUCCAUUGCAUCGACCUCGGACGCUCCCACGCCUGACGAUGUCUCGGCUUUCAGUGACGACGAUGAUUUCGAGAACGACGAUCGAGCGCUCGACCGAAGCAUUCAAUCAAUGCACGCCGCAGCCACAGACAACGAUCUCGAAACACCGUUAGCAACAGACGGUGAAGAUAGUAUGCUGACGAUGGUGCCGGACCAUAUGGACGGCAGCGGAGGGUCAAGCAUGCUACAGCUUGACGAAGAGCCCGCGGAGAACGCCGAAGCUUCUCUGGGCACUACGGUCAUCAAGGCCUUCCCAACCCAGACUGAAGGGCUGCCCCCAGUGUUAGAGAGUUACGGUCAGACACAAGUACGGGUGGUUGUCAAGGCGGCCCUUUCUCCUCGGUACAUUCCCACGCCAGAAUCGUAUAAGAUACUUUAUGUUGGGCUGCCCGAGAAAUGGGUGCAGGACAGUAUCACAGUCCACGUCCACGCGGCACUGGCCGCAUCGCCCAGCAACACAAGGUCAGUAAUGGUCCGAGGCCAGAUGGAGCCUCUUGGGCCGGUCAUCCAUGCUCACCGCUGCGCUCACUUCGAGAUCCACAAUCCUGAUGCGACUCUCCCUAACAUACUGGUUCGCAUGGACGAUGGGAUGCGCCUCAGGAUCGACGGUCGGAAAGCUCCACGAUUUGAUCUUGUGAUUUUCUGCCAUACACAGAAGCGUGAAUCUGCCACUGACACGCAGACAUACGACCCGCUUCGUACCGCUCUUCGUCAGCACCAAAUUCCCAUGAUCGAACUUUCAGAAAUUAAACCAUACGGUGCUGGCGCUCAUACGUACGAUAUGCGGAGCUUGGCUGCUUGUCUCGAAGGUCGUAACGACGACAAUGCUGAUUUUGAGCUACUUGAGGUGCUUCCUCUGGACGCAUUCACCUUCUGUGAGCUGGAGCCGUUCCAGGUCAAUCGUCACUUGGCACUGAUCAGUCCGCAUUUGGUGCCGUCGGUCGUCGAAGUUGCCCCCAAGACACGCCUCUCCGCCAUGGCUGACACCAUACGCGGUAUUGGCAAGCAAUUGCGAACAGGAGCACCAGCUACCACCAAGGUCUUGCUUCUCUCCAUUGCAUUGACGGCAAUGCUCUCGGCGUUCGUCCUCAGUCCAGUGUAUAUGCCACUUGUGCAGCAGAAGUCCACGGAUAUUGCGGCUGACCCGUCAACGCUUUCUGUCGUUCCAGUAUCGAGUCCACUGAUCACACCGGCGGCAGCCAGCUCUUCGAGCAUUGCUUCUGUUCCUUCCCCGUCUUCCUUUUCUCUGUCUGUACCGAAGGGCCUGACUGUCGUUCACCCGCAGGCUGAACAGCCUAAGCCAAAGCAAGAGAAGAAGAAUAAAAAAGAUGAGAAGCUCAACGGUUUCGAUAUUCAGACCGCUGGUGAGAAGCAGUUCAUUCUUACUCCGUCAAAGGGCUUGGCCAGCUCGAGGAAGAAGCCGCAGCUCCAAAUCCAAGUCUUCCGCAACACCACCUUGAUCCCUGUCCGCUACGUCAGAACCAUCACCGGCGAGUACUUCGUGGAUCUCAAAGACGAGUAUCCCUUCGGCAUAUUCAACGUCAGCAUUGCAAGCUACUCCAAGCCUCUGCUACGUCAAUCAUUUGAGGUGAAUCUGGGUCACAACAAGACUUGGUUCGACCAGAUGCUGGGAACGACCACGAAUAAGAUCAUUGACGCUCAGUCACUCUUCACAGACAUCUCUGUCUUGGCCAUGGAGCAGCUCCAAGCGAAGGUCAAAGACAUCGCUGGUCCCAUGGUUAGUCAGUGGAUAGAGGAGGGUCGCCAGCUGGAACAAGCGGCCUACCGUAGUACGAAAGACGGAUUGGAUUCCGGUGCAGAGUUCAUUAAGCAUGUUCCCGAGGCCACCUGGAUGGGAUUGAGGAAGGCCACUGCUCCAGUUCGGUUGUCAGAAACCAUGUGGAAGGCCAGGGUGAAUGCUUUGCGAGUACGGUGCAAUGCAGAGACAGUCGUUGGGAGGUUAUUGAAGCUGUCCAAUGAGCAGCCUAGUCGGGCCUGCUCUGAGUCUCAAUCACACGCUCAGUAGCGGAGGGAGGGUUGAACGACAUCCGGCCAGAGGGUGGUGAAGAUGCUGGAUUUGGCCUCGGUGGUGUUCCCAUUAGGUGGUACUGGCGUUCUGUUUACAGCAUGGGAUUGGAGGACGGCAUGCAUCAUCGAAGUACCGGUUGCUACAGCGGUGACGAUAAAUGUGGCGUUGACUUGUUGGAUUUCUUCAGAUACCAGGUGCGGGGCGAUAUUGGCGGCGUCUUUCUUCGUUUUAUUUUGUCAAGGGCAAGUCAUGGUCAAGUCCGUAUCUAGUAGAUCUCUAAUGGUAUACCUCUUUCGCC